AAGAGACCCCGACUCUCAAGAUAUCGGAAUCACGAAUACUUUGAAAUCAACCGAGACAAUCACCUUGCCCAAGAAAAGCCGCAGCAUGCGCAAGGAUGUUCCUUAUUCGAGAUUUAUAAGCACACAGGGAUCGAUGUUGAGGCUUUUGAUCAAGUCUAUUUACUUUUCUCUUGACAUCAGAAAAGAAGAGCCUAGACUUAGAGUGCCCACAUCAAUAUCCAGAAUGAAGUAUGUACUUGGUGGUGAAGUAUUUAGGACCAGACCAGAGGGUGUGGUCAUAAUUGGCCUGUUAAUUGAUGGUCUGUCGAUUAUUUCUUGCCCUAGGUGGUACGAAGACCAUAACUGGAGCGAAUUCCUAGGGGAAACACUCAGUGUGAUGCUGGCCAACUCGCUAAAAACCUUAAUGUACGGCACGGAGGUGCCAAUAUAGGGGAUCAGGAAAUCUACGUGGUUGGCUUCCACGGAUGUGAUUUCUAUAUUGCCCGUGAAUUCUUCAAAGCCGAUGUUAUUUCCAGGCUUCAUACGAAUGGAUACUCAGAAGACGAGGUUUUUCAAUUGAACUUCUCACGAGGUUAUAAUCUCUACUUGAAGGAGGAUUAGCUCGAAGCUACACGCGGUUUGACUGGAUUAUUUCGGUCUCUUUUAAGUGAGAAUGCGAAGGUUGGGGCUAUACGGGCGUAUUUAGCAAAAGAGUUGAAAAUGCGAGCCAUGGAUAGAUCAUCAUGGCCGCUACGUGCUUGACACUCCUCAAAAUCAAGUUACCAUCUUAAUCUCGCCAUCGCUACUGAACAUUGCGAACUCGGGGA